AAAAAGAAUGAAGCAGGGAAGAAUGAAAAAAGAGGUUAGUAAGAACGAAAAGAGAGAAAUGGAAAAGAAAGGAGUAUGGAAGAAAGAAGGCAGGAAGGAUUCUCUCUUAAUACUGGAGGAACCCUCGUAUAACUUUAAGCGGUGACCCCUGAAUCGUCAAAUCAAAUCAAAGCAGAGCCUACACUUAGUACGUGAGUGCGCACGCGUGCACUUAUGUGUCCCACACUCAGAUGUGAAGUGGUUCAUUCCAUGCCGCGCUGUCGCCAUGGAGAGAAGUAGCAGUAACUGCUGCAGCAGUUUCUGAGUUAAACAGCAGCAGCGACAGCAGAGACAGCAGUAGGAGCAGAGAAUAACAGAGCAACGAGACGAGGACCGAGCCCAGAACCACAGUCAGAGCCACAAUCAUGGAGAAAUCACUGCUGUUCCCAGGAUCUCCCGGACACAGGCUGCAACUUUUCACAUCACUCCUCAUCUUUUACGGAAUUACCUCAGGUGUGAGCAGUAACUAUGUGGUCGUUCCACAAAAAGUUAAUGCAGUACUGGGGAAAAACAUCACACUAAGUUGCAGGAUAGAGAUUGGUUCCAACCUGAGUCUCACUCAGAUCUCCUGGGAACGACCACUUCGUACUGGCACCAUCACCUUGGCCGUGUUCAACCCAGAGCAUGGAACAUCGUACUCGGAUGACUAUAUUCAUCGCACCUCGUUUGUAGCUCCCUCCAUACAAGACGCUACCAUCACCAUGAAAGAAGCAAGUUUUUCAGAUAUUGGAACCUACAUCUGCAAAGUCGUGACAUUUCCUCUGGGCAACACACAAGCAUCAACCUACGUCGAUGUCUUAGUGGAGCCAAAAGUGUAUGUGUAUGCUGGGCCCUCGGCUCUGCUGGACGGCGGGAACGAGUCACUGGUGGCCACCUGCAUAGCCGAGCAAGGACGACCCGCCGCUGAGGUUUUCUGGGAGUCGGAGCUGUACGGGCGAAGUGAGAAACAAAGUCACGAGGAGCCCAAUGGCACCAGCACCGUUCACGUGCACUACAUGUGGCAGCCACAGAGCUACGCCCAGGGGAAGGUGCUCACUUGUGUCGUGCGCCACCCAACCCUGCAGACAGAGUUCCGCAUACUCUACACAUUAAAUGUUCAGUUUGCACCUGUGGUGUCAAUAAGCGGGCUUGAAAAAAACUGGUAUGUGGGUCAGGAAAAUGUCAAGUUCACCUGUGGUGCCAGAGCCAACCCACAGGCACGUCACUUCACAUGGGUCAGGUUGGACGGAUUAAUGCCUGAAGGUGUCCAGAUCUCAAACAACACUUUGGCUUUUACGCGUCCGCUGGAGCACAAUGACUCUGGAGUUUAUCGCUGCGAAGUGAUAAACGACGUCGGCCUCAGCAGUCAGACGGUAAACGUGUGGGUGCACGAUCCUCCCCCCACCACCGCAGCGCCCAGCACUACUGCACCCGUCCUCCGCCGCACCUCCGGAGUCGUCACUGCCGCAGACCAGCGUAAAGCCCUGUUCACGUCCCCGACCCGGGCCCCCUUCUCUGAUAACACCUUGGGCACUAUAGUCGGGGGUGUCGUGGGCGGGAUUUUGUUCCUGAUUCUCUUGCUCAUCCUGGGCGGAGUCUGUUACAUGCGACAGCGCAGAACCUUCAGGGGCGACUACUACACCAAACAGUACCUGGGACCGUCCGACAUGCAGAAGGAGUCCCAGCUGGAUGUGCUGCAGCCACACGAGCUGCAGGAGGUGUACGGUGACAAAACCAGCAAAGGCAGCCAGGAUCUCAAACCAAAGCUGGGCGGAGAUAUCAUUUACCCUGACUACACCCCAGAGCGCAAGGACCGAGACGACUGGGCCGACAAGGGCGACGUCCACCGGGGUCUCAAGGAAGCAAACUACUACCCUGAUCACUACAACAUUCAAAACAUGCAUCCUUGUGGGCCCCCGGUGCACAGCCCCAUAGUGAACAACGGCUCCCCCUACUUACCGGAGGACUGCUAUGACAAUGGUACAGACAGCGACUAUGUGUCCCAUAUGGACGGAUCUGUAAUCUCACGCAGGGAGUGGUACGUGUGAGGGGGAAAAAGACAACAACAGACGUUUGACUACGAAUAAUUUAACAAGCGGCAGAUGGAAAAAAAAAAUAUAAUAUUAGUUUUGACGUUUCACUUCAAAGGAUGAAUGAAAUUUCUCAGCUCAGUUUUGCCAUGAGCUUCCUGAACAGUUCUGCUCUGCCUUGAUUUGGACAACACUAACGUGGCUUCUGGAGAAGCUACAAACAUGCUGGAUGGUUUAGGCUGCGGACCCUCUGUUAUUCAGUUCCAUUUGUUAUGAAUGAGGUUUUGUACUCUGCUUGUUUUUUUCCCACCUGUCUUUAACAGGUCAGGUGUUCAGGCCCUUGUUAAUGGAGUAUUUAUAUCCCGUCUGACCACGUCCUGCGCCCCCAGCCCCCUCUGCCACACGCUGUGGCAGUUCAAGAGGGCCGAUGUCGUCUUAAAGCUGAAUAUUAUAGCAGCAACGGUGUAUUAAAUCAAAUAAUAUUGCAUGAACUUGGUUUAAGAUGAGGCCAGCAUUCAAAAGAGAGAGUCACCAGAACAUGAUGGGAGAUUUCUGCAGGUGUUUAAUUGAGAGAAGGCAAAAAGGAUCGAUUCUGGAAUUAUAUGUUACAAGAAAAAGUUACUUUAGAUCAGCAGUCUCCAACCUUGGUUGUGCCACCAACCAGUUUUACACUAUAGUUUUUACACUGCAGUGCAAUACACAUUAUAGGUGUAUAAUAAGUACAUAAUUAAUUUGUUUUAAUAUUAUGUGACAAUGAAGCAGAUCCAGGGAGAGGAUGAAUUGCAGACAGGAUUGACAG